UUGGAAUGCAAGAAAGAAGCGCUAAACGAUCGAAUAGUGAGGACUGUGAAAGUAAACGGCUUGGAGUCCAUGGAGAAAUGUGUGUUAAAGCCAUAGGAAACGUUCGAAAUUCUCUCAAAAAAAUCUUUAUAAAUAGACGGUAG